AAAGGUAAAGAAAAAGAACAUAGACCAACACGUGCGAUUGUUUAUUGUGAAAUGGAAGCGGGUAUUUGCUAUAUAAAACCAGAAUACUUGGUGACUGAAGCCAAUGGCAGCAGUGAUACAAUUAACACCGAAAACAGCGAGACUAACAAAAGAAAACGCGAGGAUGGCGAAGAUAAAGCCGGUGGGAAUAAGAAAUGGGAUAAAAAGGAACGCAAGCGUGGACAGAACAAGAAUCGUCCAGUUUUCAAGGACGAGCGGUAUUCGCAUCUGUGUCAUUCGUUGAUCGAUGGAACCGGUGGGGAACCGUGCUCCCUGGCCAAUUGUCGCUAUGUCCAUGAUCUAGAUGCCUUCCUGGCCGCCAAGGGUGAGGAUCUGGGCCCCAAGUGCUAUGUGUACACCACCAAGGGAUACUGUGCCCGCGGUGUGAGUUGCCGGUUCAGCAAGGCCCACACGAGUGAGCAGGGCAGGAACCUCAAAAGGGAAGACUACGACGACAAGGCUCCUCCGACCACAUUCAAUGGCGUUAGUUCAGAAAUCCAGGUGCGCCUGCGAAAGCAUGAAUACGAUUUUAGUCGCAGCAAGGAGCUCAUUAAAUUAGCAGAGAAACUGCGAGAUGUUCGAAAACAAAUAGAGCAAAAGAAAAAGGAUGGAAAACAGGAACAAUCUGUAGGAACUAUAGAGGAAAAACAAUCUGAGACCAGCGAAAAAUUGGACGGGGAGCAACAGAUCGAUUCCAAGGAACCGGUCACACAGGAUAACCCACCAGUAGCAACUGAAGCUUCCACUGGAUGUGCAAUUGAUGAUUCUCCUGUCGGCAGAGACGCUGAUCAAAAGCCAGCCGUUGAUUUUCGCGAGAAACUCGUCCUGUCACCACUAACCACGUUGGGCAACUUGCCCUUCCGACGGAUCUGCAAGGAGUUCGGGGCGGAUAUCACCUGUGGCGAGAUGGCCUGUGCCCAGCCCCUGCUAAAGGGUAUGGGCCAGGAGUGGGCUCUGACCAAGCGCCACCAGAGCGAGGACGUCUUCGGGGUCCAGCUGUGCGGGAAUAAUCCCAACAUGCUUAACCAGGCCGCGCAGGUUAUUCACGAGACGGCCCAGGCGGAUUUCAUCGAUCUUAAUAUUGGCUGCCCCAUUGAUUUGAUUUACCAGCAAGGUGGGGGCAGCGCUCUGAUGCGACGAACCAACAUUUUGGAGCUGACCGUGCGCAGUUGUGCUGUGUUAUCCGAUCGUCUGCCGUUCACCGUCAAGAUGCGCACCGGUAUCUAUGCAGACAAGAGUGUGGCGCACGAACUCCUGCCGCUGGUCGAGGAGUGGGGCGCCUCGGCGGUGACCCUGCACGGACGAUCCAGGGAGCAGCGCUACACCAAGCAUGCCAACUGGAAUUAUAUCGAGGAGUGUGCCGCUAAGGCCAAGCGGAUGCCGGUGAUCGGAAAUGGCGAUAUACUUAGCUACGAGGACUAUGUGGAGCGAAGAACUCUAGCACCGCACGUUAGCUCCGUGAUGAUUGGUCGCGGAGCGUUAAUUAAACCGUGGAUAUUCCAGGAGAUCAAGGAGAAACAAGCCUGGUCUCCUUCUUCAAGCCAACGCUAUGAGAUGUUGCAAAAGUUCUCCAACUACGGACUGGAACACUGGGGCUCGGACACCAAGGGUGUGGAGACCACACGACGCUUCCUCCUCGAGUGGCAGUCUUUCUUGUACCGCUACAUACCCGAAGCCCUGCAAACAGCUCCGCCGCAAAAGAUCAAUGCUCGGCCGCAAAAAUACCGGGGACGCGACGAAAUGGAAACCCUCAUGAGUUCCGGCAACGCCGCUGACUGGGUGAAGCUUAGCGAAUCGCUCCUGGGUCGGGUGCCAGAUGGCUUCAGCUUUGUGCCCAAACACAAGGCAAACGCUUUUUAGAAUUGUACUAUACAUACAUGAAUAUGUAUGUUUUGUAACAUCAAUAUCAAUAUUGUUAUAAUCCCUUAAUGAUUAAAAUUAAUUAAAAUCUUUUUAAGUAUGCGACGUUGAGUCCUAACUUUAUAAAACUGAAAAA